AUGCUGUCUGUCAUGUCCGAACUCCUUCGCUGGCUUGAUCCCAUAGCAGAUAUCAGAAGUGAUGCCUCGAGGCUCUUCGUCUCGGGAGCUCGUGGUGCCGCCGCCUUCGUGCCUCGAGGUUUCCCGGACGUGUUGGCGAGGCAUCGCGCAGCCCGGGGAGGACAUCGAGAGGCCAUGCUGUCUGAAUUGAGCACUGCGGGCUGGCCAAAGUCAGCUUGUCUGGGUGAGGAGGAAAAGCGGCUCGAUGCCUGUCAAACCUGCUCAGUGCGACUGUCGAAGCUUUGGCUUCACCGGGGUCAAUGCCUUCUGUGCGAGACGAAGCUGCGAUCUCGAGGGCGAUGUCCUUACGGGGGUGCACGGUGCAGCAGAAGCUUCUGCCCUCAUGACUCGCGCUGUAUUGUUUGCGAGCAGUGGUCUUGCGAACGAUGCCGCCUACUUCGCGGGGAUGGCGAAGAUGUGUGGCAGAUAGCAGCGCAGCAUCAGCCGGACGUGAUCUUUCUCGACUUUGACCGCACACUAUGCACGACCAAGGCUGGAGCUUCUCCACUUUCCGGAAACCACUCGCUGGACUCCGAUUUGGUCGCGCUGUGUGGCAUGCACCAGCGCGUGUACAUUGUGACCCGGAAUUCGCGGAGCGAGGAUAUCGCCUUCUUCCUUCGGCAACAUGGAAUCAGCGCACGUCUGAAGGAGGAGCAGGCGCACGCUUCAGAAGCGUCAGGUCUUCGUGGAAACGUGGAGGUUCGGAGCAUCAAGCGCGAAGGCUUCCGGUCCAAGGUGAAUUUUGUCUUGCAGCUGCUGGCUGACUCCAUGGGCGGCAGCGAGGCCACGGGGCUCUUCGUAGAUGAUGACAUCAAGGAGCUGACAGAAGACUGCGAGGCACUGCGGGAGGUUUUGGCCAGUGGUCGGCUACUACGACUGCUCUUCGUUCGUUCCGGAGGGAAGGAGUAG